AUGAGUCGGCAGCAGAGCCUCGUAUGGACCGGAAGUUAGGCCGGAAGGAGGAAAACACUAAUAUAGCUAGCUGGUAGCUAACCAUGCAUAUAUUAUUUAGUGUACAGGUAAAUAUUGUCAAUAAUUCCUCAGGUUUCUAUCAAACUGUAACGAUAGUAACAAGCUAGUGUCCCGUAGAGCCUUCUGCUGUUUUGCCGUAAUGCGGAUUGACAGAAGAAUCUAACCCGGAAGCUGGCCUGGAAGAAAGAAGAUGCUUAUGUUGAUAGCUAGCUAGCUUAGUUUAGUAGUGUCUGAAAUGUGUCUGAUAUCAUUUGAUGUCGUUUAAAUUAGACUUGGAUUUUGCCCAACUCGGACUAUAUACGUGGAGCUAGCGAUAUUUUCAACGACCAUUUCAUAUAGUUUUGCUAUCUGGUCUAGGAAAGUAAAUUAUCUAGCUACCGUUGGCCUAGCUAGUUAGCUAUCUGAGUUGUAUGGAAAGUAAUCCGCUAGAUAAUGUGACCUCGUGGUGAACUGUCGGGGAUUUGAGAAGAAUCUGCUUUAGUUUAAUUCAGUGACCCAACUCUUUCAUAGGAAACUAUUUCUGAAGAAUUCACGAUGAAUGAGGAUUCUGCUGACCCAUCCAACCCCCCUCUCUCCUGCUCCACUGAACCCAGCCCUCCGGAGUCACUGGUUCCUGACUCUAACCAUAGAGACAUCGACACCUGCAGUGAAAUACCCAGAUUUAACAUUGUAGUCAAAGAGGAGGAAGACUGGGACGUGGAUGAUACUGAAGAGAGACCUGACCACUGCUCUGAGAGUGAAGGGAGUCCCUCUACAACAGGACUACCUGAACAACACCAGGGGAAUCACACAGCUAAGAAAAUUCACUUUUGUUCAGUGUGUGGAAAAAACUGUCAGAAGUUAUCAAAACUACAAAUACACAUGAGAACUCACACAGGAGAAAAACCUUACUCCUGCUCUGUCUGCGGGAAACAAUUCAGUGAGAAAGGAAACCUGAAAAAACACCAGACCUUGCACACAGGAGAGAAGCUGUACAGUUGCUCCGUGUGCGGUGAGAGUUUCUCUUCAUCGUCAAUUCUUACCAAUCACCAGAGAACACACACAGGAGAGAGUCAAGUGUCUGUAGAAGAGUGUGGUUUUACACCACCACUGGAUAUCAUAGUGAAAGAGGAGGACGAGGAUCCUGCUUUUGCAGAGAGACAUGACCACUGCUCUGACAGCGAAGGGAGUCCCUCUACAUCAGGACUACCUGAACAACACCAGGGGAAUCACACAGCUAAGAAGAUUCACUUUUGUUCAGUGUGUGGAAAAAACUGUCACAAGUUAUCAAAACUACAAAUACACAUGAGAACUCACACGGGAGAAAAACCUUACUCCUGCUCUGUCUGCGGGAAGCAAUUCAGUGACAAAGGAAACCUGAAAAAACACCAGACAGUGCACACAGGAGAGAAGCUGUACAGUUGCGCCGUGUGCGGGGAGAGUUUCUCUUCAUCGUCAAUUCUUACCAAUCACCAGAGAACACACACAGGAGAGAGUCAUGGUUUUACACCAGCACUGGUUAUCAUAGUGAAAGAGGAGGAAGAGGAUCCUGCUUUUGCAGAGAGACCUGACCACUGCUCUGAGACUGAAGGAAGUCCCUCUACAUCAGGAUUACCUGAACAACACCAGGGGAAUCACACAGUUAAGAAGAUUCACUGCUGUACAGUGUGUGGAAAAAACUGUCAGAAGUUAUCAAAACUACAAAUACACAUGAGAACUCACACGGGAGAAAAACCUUACUCCUGCUCUGUCUGCGGGAAGCAAUUCAGUGACAAAGGAAACCUGAAAAAACACCAGACGGUGCACACAGGAGAGAAGCUGUACAGUUGCUCCGUGUGCGGGGAGAGUUUCUCUUCAUCGUCAAAUCUUACCAAACACCAGAGAACACACACAGGAGAGAGUCAAGUGUCUGUAGAAGAGUGUGGUUUUACACCACCACUGGAUAUCAAAGUGAAAGAGGAGGACGAGGAUCCUGCUUUUGCAGAGAGACAUAACCACUGCACUGACAGGGAAGUGAGUCACUCUACAUCAGGAGAACCUAAAAAAAACAGGAGAAUCACACAGCAAAGAGCUCUCACUGCUGUUCAGUGUGCGGAAGAGAUUGCCAAAAGCUAUCAUCACUGCUAAUACAUAUGAGAAUACACACAGGAGAAAAGCCAUACCCUUGCUCUGUGUGUGGAAAGCAGUUCCGUGUAAAAAGACAUCUUCAAGACCACCAGAAAGUGCACACUGGAGAGAAACCUUACGUCUGCUCCAAAUGUGACAAGAGGUUUGGUUUCGCCUCAGCCUUGAAAAGGCACCAGUGGUUACACGCGGAAGAGAAACCUUACUCCUGCUCUGUGUGUGGGAAGGGUUUUGGCCGUCCAGAUCAGUUAAAGGACCACUCUCUGCAACACGCAGGGAAACCCCACCACUGUUCUGUGUGUGGGAAGGGUUUCAGCCGUCCAGAUCAGCUAAAGGACCACUCUCUGCAACACGCAGGGAAACCUCACUACUGUUCUGUGUGUGGGAAGUGUUUCAGUGAGAAGGGGUAUCUUGAAGACCACCAGUCAGUGCACACUGGAGAGAAACGACACCCUUGCCCUGUCUGCAAUAAGAGUUUUGUAAGAUUAGCAGGCCUUAAAGUCCACCACAGAUAUCAUACAGGAGAGAAACCUUACAGCUGCACUAAAUGCGGCCAGAGCUUCAUUAGUUCUCAAAAACUUCAGAGACACCAGAAAACUCAUGUUGGUUUACCACCUGUUGAGUUUCAAAACCCUGUUACAAUUGAAGGAGAGCGGGAGGGAGAAGAUGAGGAAGUUGGUGGUCUGAUUAAUUCAGAUGGAGAAGAGGUUGGUUGGGAUCUUCAUCGUCUCGACGAGAGUUCGGAGGGGAGAACCUCUACAUCAGGAGAACCUAAAGAAACCUAGGGGAAUCUCAAAGCUCAGAGAUACAGUUGCUCUGUGUGUGGGACAGACUGGCAACGGUUAUUUGAUCUGAAAAAGACAAAAUGAGACGUGCACACAGGAGAGAUAAUCGUACAGCUGUCCUGUAUGUGGGAAAAGUUUUAGACGAGCAGACCUCAUGAAACAACACCUCUGGACACACAAAUGAGACACAUGGGGAGAAACCUUACCCAUGUUCUGUCUUUUAAGCAAGAUCAUCAGACCUUUAAAAUGCACAAUAGAGUUCAUACAGGAGAGAAACCUUACAGCUGUGCUGAAUGUGGCCAGAGCUUUUUGCCAUAGUUUGUACAUCUGCAUUGUUAUAUUGCUUAUAUAGGUCUAUCUCAUUAGUAGCUUAUUAAUCAUUUUAGGUAAUGUAAGAAUGAUGCAUUUAAUUGUUUUUCUUUACUUUUUUGUGUUUGAAUUAUCUCUUGUGAUUUUCUCCAUGAUGGUGGUGAGAUAGACACCAAACAACACAUUAUAUUAUAGUAUCCCUUCCUCGUAACCAUGUUUGCCAGUGACAGUCUCUUCCCAUUCAAAUAUUUUUGUUCAUCAAAAAGUUCAGUUUAAUAGACCCUUGUAAUUCCAGCUCAUAUUGCGAGGGUUGUUUUCCCAAUGCUUUUUCAGUACGUCUGUCUGUCUAUAAAAGUGAAUCCUCGUGAUUGUAUCGUCCUGUUCUGUUUUCGUAACCUAUAGUGAAGAUGAUUCAGUCUGUUCUCUUUUCAUAACCCAGAGUGAAGAUGAUUCAUUCUGUUCUCUUUUCAUAACCCAGAGUGAAGAUGAUUCAUUCUGUUCUGUUUUCUUAACCCAGAGUGAAGAUGAUUCAUUCUGUUCUGUUUUCUUAACCCAGAGUGAAGAUGAUUCAUUCUGUUCUCUUUUCAUUACCCAGAGUGAAGAUGAUUCAUUCUGUUCUGUUUUUGUAACCCAUAGUGCAGAUGAUUCAUUUUGUUCUCUUUUCGUAACCCAGAGUGCAGAUGAUUCAUUCUGUUCUCUUUUCAUAACCAGAGUGAAGAUGAUUCAUUCUGUUCUGUUUUCGUAACCCAUAGUGCAGAUGAUUCAUUCUGUUCUCUUUUCAUAACCAGAGUGAAGAUGAUUCAUUCUGUUCUGUUUUCAUAACCCAGAGUGAAGAUGAUUCAUUCCUUUUUAGCCUAAUAAAAUACUUCAAAUAGUAGGCUAA